AAAGUUAAGUAUGCUUAUCGCAAAAAAAUUGACUGGUUGAGAAAUUGGGUGUAGGCCAUUGGAACUUGGAAAUCGCUUGUUGACAGUUAACACCUAGUCAGAAUUUCCGCGUUGACUGACCAGAGUCCGCGGAUAAAUACUAGUUGUAUUAAAUAUGCCAGAAUCACUGAGUUUUGGAAUUGAUCCUAUUACUGCCCAUGCCUGGAACAAAGACCGCACAAAGUUGGCCAUUUCACCCAAUAGCCCUGAAGUUCAUAUUUACCACUUUCAGAGAGGAGAAUGGAAACUAGAAGAAAUUUUGAAAGAGCAUGACUUAAAAGUCACUGGCAUUGAUUGGGCUCCAAAUACCAAUCGUAUUGUUACAUGUUCGGCGGACCGUAAUGCAUAUGUUUGGACUCAAUCCGAAGAGAAGAAAUGGAAGCCUACACUUGUUUUACUGAGAAUUAAUCGUGCAGCAACAUGUGUUCGUUGGUCCCCACUAGAAAACAAGUUUGCUGUUGGAUCUGGUGCUCGACUUAUUUCAGUCUGUUAUUUUGAGAAAGAAAAUGAUUGGUGGGUAUCAAAACAUAUUAAAAAACCAAUCCGGUCUACUGUGACUUGUUUGGACUGGCAUCCAAAUGAUGUGUUGUUAGCUGCUGGGUCUACAGAUUUCAAAGUUCGAGUUUUCUCUGCUUACAUCAAAGAAAUCGAAGAACGCCCAAUGUCAACCUCUUGGGGCUCUAAAAUGCCCCUGGGUCUGAUGAUGGCGGAAUUUUCCAACUCGACUAAUGGAGCUGGUGGCUGGGUGCAUAGCGUUAAUUUCAGCUCUAGUGGUGACCGAAUCGCUUGGGUUGGCCAUGAUUCAUCCAUAUCCGUAGCCGAUGCGUCUAAAGGAAUGGCGGUCUCUGUGAUUCGCACUGAUUUCUUACCAUUUUUAGCCUGCUUGUGGGUAUCGGAAAAUCGACUCAUAGCUGCGGGACAUGGUUGUUGUCCAAUGCUUUUUGAGGUGAAUGAUACAGGGAAGGUACAAUUUGCAGGAAAAUUGGAUGCAUCACUGAAGAAGGAAUCAUCUGGUGUUAGUGCUAUGAAAAAAUUUCAGAGCCUGGAUCGCCAAGCACGCACAGAAACCAACGAUACAUCAUUAGGCACUCUUCAUCAGAACGCCAUUACAAGUGUAUGUUUGCAUACCGGAAAUAAAGCUAAUGCUACGAAGUUUUCUACUGCCGGAGUGGAUGGACUUCUUGCUAUCUGGGAUUUUAAUAAUCUCGAAUCGGCAAUGCGAGGAUUAAAAUUCAACUAAAAACGA